CUUCCACAACCAAAACUACUCAUCAUCACUAUACACUGUCCACACCAUCUUGCUCUCUUUCACACUCUCCAAUGGCUCCCAUCUCAAAACUCAUUCCUUUCCUCUUCUUAACAACCCUUUUCUUCUCCCUCCAACUUAAUGCCAGAGAAAGCCAGUUCUUCAGCAAAGUCACCCCUCUCACCAACAACCUCAAACAGACAGAGCUUGAAAACAAUGAAGGCUCACUUAACAAGCCAGAACAACAACAACAGCAACAACCAGUGUUCAUGCCAGAAACAGAAAACAGCUAUGGCCUCUAUGGUCAUGAGACUGGUCUGCACCCUCCCAACACCACUCCCACCACCUUCAAGCCAUACAAAACCACCACAACUGAGGAGGAAAACGCCAACAACUUCCACAGCUUCAAGAAAGAUGCCUAUAACACCAACCAAAAUGAACUGAGUGAAACCACACCCACCGCCACUUCUUUCAACACCUACUUCUACAGCGGCAAGGAUGCUUUUCAAAAGCAGAAUCAACUCAGUGACACAAAGUUUGCAGAAGGAGGAUACACCUCCAUGGAAAAUCAGAACAACAACAACAACAACUACUUCUACAACAGCAAGGAUGCAGAGGGAAAUCAAAACAGCAACGACAAUGCUGCCAAUGACAGAUAUUACAACAGCAACAACAACCACAAUGCUGCUAAUGAGAGAUACUACAACAACAACGACAAUGCUGCCAAUGAGAGAUAUUACUACAACAAUAACAACAACGAUGCUGCCAACAACAGGUACUACAAAACUAAAGCCGUCAACAACGGGGAGAGGCAGGGUUUAAGUGAUACGAGGUUCAUGGAAGGUGGAAAAUACUUUUAUGAUGUGAACUCUGAGAAGUACAACAACCCAACACAGUAUGGUGGUUCAUCCAGGGGAGUGAACUCCGAGCAAUGGUACAACAACAGGGGUUACUUUGGCAACAACAAUGUGAACUCCUAUGAGAAUAAGAACUCCAUGGAAGGUUAUCAGAACCAGGAGCAGUUUGAAGAUGACCAGGAGGAGUUUGAGCCUUGAGCUUCAGUCAUCAGUGUGACAGUGAAGAGUUGAUUUUUCUUUUGAUUUGGAGUAUUCACGGUGGGUGUGGAUGAUGAUCGAUGUUUUACUGUGCUUUACAUUAUAAAUUACAAAAAGUGUUAAAGGGUAGUAGAAUAAGUUAUUAGGGGUUUUUACUUGGUGGUAAUCUUAUUAAAUCUUGCUUUUGGAAUUGCACAGUCUAUGUAAUGAUUCGGGAAUAUGGCAUGUAGUAUCAAAGCAUAUGUAACUUUUGCUAUGAACAUGUUGUGGUUUCUCGCUUUUAAACAA